AUGAACGGGCUGUCGCUCAGCCAGCUCUGCUGCCUCUUCUGCUGCCCGCCCUGCCCCAGCCGCAUCGCUGCCAAGCUCGCCUUCCUGCCCCCCGAGCCCACCUACGCCGUGCUGCCCGAGCCCGAGCCCGCGGGCAGCGCCAGCACCGCCUCCCUGCGCGGCGCUGCGGGGCGCUGGAAGCUGCACCUGAAGGACCGAGCGGACUUCCAGUACUCCCAGAGGGAGCUGGACAGCAUCGAGGUCUUCGUCACCAAGAGCAGCCGGGGGAACCGCAUCGGCUGCAUGUAUGUCCGCUGCGUGCCCGGCGCCAGGUACACGGUGCUGUUCUCCCACGGCAACGCCGUGGACCUGGGGCAGAUGAGCAGCUUCUACAUCGGGCUGGGCACUCGCAUCAGCUGCAACAUCUUCUCCUACGACUACUCCGGCUACGGCGUCAGCUCCGGCAAGCCCUCGGAGCGCAACCUCUACAGCGACAUCGACGCCGCCUGGCAGGCGCUGCGGACGCGGUAUGGGAUCAGCCCAGAGAACAUCAUCUUGUACGGACAGAGCAUUGGCACCGUGCCCACGGUGGACCUGGCCUCCCGCUACGAGUGCGCUGCCAUUGUGCUGCACUCUCCCCUCACCUCUGGCAUGAGAGUUGCUUUCCCUGAGACCAAGAAGACCUACUGGUUUGAUGCCUUCCCCAACAUCGAGAAGAUCUCCAAAAUCACCUCCCCUGUCCUCAUCAUCCACGGCACGGAGGACGAGGUCAUCGACUUCUCCCACGGGCUGGCCCUCUUCGAGCGCUGCCCCAAGGCGGUGGAGCCGCUCUGGGUGGAUGGGGCUGGGCACAAUGACAUUGAACUCUACAGCCAGUACCUGGAGCGCCUGCGCAGGUUCAUCUCCCAGGAGCUGCCCAGCCAGCGCACCUAG